AUGGUUGUAACUUUUGUCGUGAAUCUUCUCAAAGCCACCGUUUUCCGUCUCCCGGUAUGUCCCUCCUUGCUGGCCGUAGAGCUGGGAUGUGUUGCUUGGAAACGACGGAAACGUUUGUGCGCAGCAGCGAUGGAGAAGUAUGAGAAAAUCAAAGUUGUUGGAAGAGGAGCUUUCGGGAUCGUUCACCUGUGCCGCAGGCGCAGCGACGGGGCCCUUGUCAUCCUGAAGGAGAUCCCUGUGGAGCAGAUGUCACGCGAUGAACGCCUGGCAGCACAGAAUGAGUGUCAGGUGCUCAAACUGCUCAACCAUCCAAAUAUCAUCGAGUACUAUGAGAACUUCCUUGAGGACAAGGCCCUCAUGAUAGCAAUGGAGUAUGCACCUGGUGGAACCUUGGCUGACUACAUACAGAAGCGCUGUAACUCCCUCCUGGAUGAGGACACCAUCCUUCACUUCUUUGUGCAGAUCUUGCUCGCUUUGUACCACGUGCACAACAAGCUCAUCCUGCACCGUGACCUCAAGACCCAGAAUAUUCUUCUGGACAAGCACCAGAUGAUUGUCAAAAUUGGGGACUUUGGGAUAUCCAAAAUUCUUGUCAGCAAGAGCAAAGCCUACACAGUGGUUGGGACUCCAUGCUACAUCUCUCCAGAGCUGUGUGAGGGGAAGCCAUAUAACCAGAAGAGUGACAUUUGGGCUUUGGGCUGCGUGCUGUACGAGCUAGCGAGCCUCAAGAGAGCCUUCGAAGCUGCUAACCUACCAGCGCUAGUUCUGAAAAUCAUGAGCGGGACCUUUGCUCCGAUCUCGGACCGAUACAGCCCAGAGCUGAGACAGCUGAUCCUCACCAUGCUCAAUCUGGAUCCAUCUAAACGGCCUCAGCUCAAUGAAAUCAUGGCUCUGCCCAUAUGCAUCAGGCCUCUGCUCAACCUCUACACAGACAUAGGCAACGUGAAAAUGCGCAGAAUUGAGAAACCGCUGUCUACAAUGCAGGCUGGUUCUCAAGGGCGACCAGGGGGGAGAGUUCCCGCUAACAGGUCCAGAGGUGAUGCUCAUACUAUUGUCUCCCAUCAGAUCAGUCUGAAUCACCAUAACUGCAGCAGUAACUGGUUGUCACCUCUUGGAUUAGAUGGAUCGGUCGGUUUAGGAUCUGGAAAGGUGCAUUCUCUCCCUCUGUCCUCUGUGUAUACGUGGGGAAGUGGCAUCGUAACGCCGCUCCGCCUGCCGAUGCUCAACACCGAAGUCCUCCAGGUGUCUCUCGGCCGCACUCAGAAAAUGGGAGUCACCAAGUCUGGUCGUCUCAUCACAUGGGAGGCUCCGUCGGUGUCCGGUGAGACCAGUCUUCCCGGCGCGGUGGAGCAGAUGCAGCCGCCGUUCAUUUCUCGCUUCCUCGAGGGCCAGUCUGGUGUCACCAUCAAGUCUGUGUCCUGUGGGGAUCUGUUUACUAUCUGCAUGACAGACAGGGGCAUUAUCAUGACAUUUGGAAGCGGGAGCAACGGCUGUCUGGGACAUGGUAAUUUCAAUGAUGUGACACAGCCCAAGAUUGUGGAGGAACUCCUCGGCUAUGAGCUGGUGCAGGUGUCCUGUGGAGCUUCCCAUGUUCUCGCUGUGACGAAUGAAAGAGAAGUAUUUGCCUGGGGAAGAGGAGACAACGGUCGCCUCGGGCUCGGAUCCCAAGACACUCACAACUGUCCUCAGCAAGUGUGUUUACCUGUGGAAUUUGAGGCCCAGAAAGUGGUGUGUGGCAUUGAUUGCUCAAUGAUCAUCAGCACCCAGGGCAGCAUUGUGGCAUGUGGAAGCAACAGGUUUAAUAAACUUGGCCUGGAUAAGAUCGCACCAGGAGAGGAACUAAAUCCUGUGAAUCAAGUUGAAGAAGUUCAUUCUUACAAGCUGGUUCAGUCAGCCCCUCUCAACACUGAGAAGAUCGUUUAUAUUGACAUUGGAACAUCCCAUUCUGUUGCUGUUACAGAGGGGGGGCAGUGUUUUACUUUUGGCAGCAACCAGCACCGUCAGAUGGGCUGCAGUUCCCGGCGGAGCAGCCGCCUGCCCUACCUGGUGCCGGGCCUGCAGGGCAUCACGAUGGCCGCCUGUGGAGACGCCUUCACCUUAGCUAUUGGCUCUGAAGGGGAUGUGUACACGUGGGGAAAGGGGGCCCGUGGGCGCCUUGGAAGAAAAGAGGAGGACUGUGGCACACCAAAAGCAGUGCAGCUCGACGAGAGUCACUCCUUUAUGGUGACAUCAGUGGCUUGUUGUCAUGGCAACACUCUUCUGGCAGUGAAACCUCUGAUGGAGGAGGCUGUCCCGCGGUGACUUCGGAGUGAAACCUUCCCCUCAGGGAGCCCAGUGACAAGAACAGGCUCCUCAAAAACACCACAGCUGAAGGAUUUCUUUUCACUCCGCAGCUGCACUACCAAUUUCCCCUUCUUCUUCUUCUCAAUUCCACUUUUCUAUCAUGGAUGCCUGUUUGCCUUCGGAGGCAGCCUGAUAACACAGGAAAGUCCCCGCCGGUCUGAGGACGCAGGUGUAGCUCGCAACACGUUUGCUAAACCAAUGUUGCAACACUGAUACUGAGGCCGGAUUACAGGAGGUCAUUAGUCGGCUCACAUGUGGUGAACUAUUGUCCUCCAUCACAUGCUACACUUGCUCUGUAAACCAUGGCAAGCCAGUGAAAGUCAAACUGGUUUGAGCUCUCUUAAGAGGCCCGUGAAUGGGCUGUAAAGAAUGAAGCCACUUAAGCACUCAUCGGUCAAACGACGUGGGCACAUUUAUCUCACUUGCACCGUGACUGAUCACUCUGUGCCUCGUCGGAUUAUCCCAGCAACACAGCCGCAUUCAGACCAGAUAACGAGGGGCAGUUUGGGGUUACACAGAACUGUGAAGUCACUGCCUUGUUCCCUCACUCAUGGUUCUCAGACAGCUGUUCACUCCGUAGCGAGCAGUAAUUGACAACAGCACUGUUGUCAUUCCUUUGCUCAAAUCUUUUCCACACUUUGGUCGCGGAAAAAAGGGGAAAGGCAGUGAAUGCAGGACACUAUUCUGUUUUAGUAAAGAUUCUAUGUGUCCUUCAUAUUUAGUGUAAUUUAUUGUAAAUUAAAUGUUUGUAAAAGUUGUAUGAGCUGUGUUCGUUGGAUGGUCUGAGACCAAAACAGCAAAAGCAUUCAGAAAGUCAAAAGAUUAGAUAAUUAUGUUGAUAUUCAGAUAUAAGUUGUGAAGCAGGAAAGAAUAGCCCUGGGCUCUGUGUAACUACAAUAAGUCCCCAUUACCAGGACAGAAUGAGCUUUAAAAAGUCUUCCAAUCUUCAUCUGAUAAAACCUAAUUGAAGGAAAACAACACUCCAAGUACAAGGCUUCCCUUUUUGUGCUGUGGCACUCUAAGGCGAGUUGAAUAAAAGAUACAAUGGAAUCAUUUUCUUAAAGAAGCCAUAUUUUGAAAGUUUUUGUACAAUGUGAGUAAUCAUCCUUCCAGUGGAUCACAUCUUCACUCUGGAUCAUUUAUCCUUCCAAUUUAAAAUGUGGAAGCGCUAAAUUCCCACAUGUUCUUGGCUCUGGGGGGCAGUCCAUGGGGGAAAAUGCUCCCUGAACCACAAUUUUAACACCCUCUGAGCUUCUGCAGCCUGGUACUGUCAAACUAUUCUAGGCAACAACAACAACAACAACAAAACUCUUCAGAGGGAAAAGCGUUGUGUCCCUAAACACCAUCUUGAUGAAGGCGAGCCGACAUAAUACUGCCAUCAUAGAUUUGUACUGUAAAAACGAAGACAUGAUGGGUGAAGCACUUUAUUUUCUACCUGUCUGAACUUGACACUUUUUGGCUUAUUGAAGAUUUUUUUUAUGUGCGAUCAGCCUCACUGAUGUUGUUUUACAGUGCUUGUUUUUAACUCCAACACUUUGAGUAUCAUUGUAUUGUAUGCAUGCAAAUUCUCUCUCUGAUUAAACACCAUUAUGAAUUCUACUAUUUUAGUAUUUGACUUAAUUUCACCAAACAGUCUUCGAUCAUUUAAA